GCGCUGGCUAGGGGCGGCUCGGGACUUCUUUCUCCGGGCGCUCCCGGGGCCGGACGGGCAGGAGGCAGCGGCGCUGGAGGCGGUGCUGCGGUGCCUGCGGAGCGCGGGCGGCGGGACGCUGCCGCUCGGCUACAGGUGACAGCGGGACGGAGAGGACGGAGCCGGGCGGGCCGGGGGGGCCCGGUGCAGACACGCGGCGCUCCCGGGGCUCGGCACGGCUCGUCCGUGCGCGGUGCCCGCCCCGGAUGCCGGCUGUGGGAGGGAUCUGUCGAGCAGGGGUAACCGCGCGCGUUCCUGUGGCCCCGCCGCCGCUGCGGUGUGAUUGAGCAGCGGAUCCGCCGCGCCUGGGUAGGCAGAGCGCGAAACCAAAGCGCGCAUCUCGCCGGGCGAGCUGCGCACUGUGCACGGCGGCUUCCCGGCCGGACCCUGCUGGCCCGCGCAGGGGGAUGUUCCUGAGCAUCCGAACGUGCUGGCCGGCUGAGCUCAGCGUUCGAGUGUGCGCUCUUAAAAGUGGGAACCUAGGAUAACAUGGCCGUAUUUUAGUUGAUAGAAGGCUUUUGGGUGCUCACCGUCAUGGAAAACAUGCGGCUUGUUGAGAGAUACCCGUGUUGGAAAGUUUGGCUUGUCCGGAUCUGUUUCUUGCUCCGAGUUGUGGAAGAAUUAAAGUAUCUGGCACAUCCAGUUUUGGGAGUAAAGUUUCAUCUCCAUUUCUGACCUGCAGCAUCAGCAGCACAUACCAUGCUGCAGCCACCUGAGCUGGAGCACUAAUGAAUUUAAGGAAUGGUCUCGUCAAGGACAGGGUGCUUUACCCAUGCAGAGCACUUUGCCAAGGACUUACCUGAUCCUGGUUGGCUAUUUAGCAGAUGGAAGGCAAGAAAACAAAGAAAAGCUGGUAGAUGGUUGCUUAUACGUGAAGGACAAGACUGGGAUAAUUCUGUGUGAGCUCUUGCACUUCAAACUGGAGUGGCUGGAGUCAUUGCUAGUCUUCCCAAGCUGGUCAUAUAUACCACAGAGAGACCAGAGUGCAGCAGGGUACUUGGAAAUCCUGGUGGAUCCAGUGCCAGUAAAUGGCCCCAAGGAAGUCCUUCACAGCAUUCCAGUCACCUCGGCAGUGUCAGCUGAGCCACUGCUUACCUCCAGGAUUCCAUAUAAGAAAAGAUCAAAGCUUACUGUAGCGGGUGAAUUGACCAGACUUGGGCCUCUCCUUCGCAUUCACCACAAGACAUUCUUCUUUCUGUUUCUGAAGUGCUUUGCCUCUGCUGUUUGUGUCCCUGUGCUGGUGCAAAAACCCAGCCAGAUGCUGUGGCAUCGUGUCUUCCAGCUGGGGCACAGGUACACAGUCACAGGCCUGAGUAUGUCCAGCAUGAAGAAAUCUGGACAAACGAUCUUGGUCACCAGUGCUUCUUCCUGCCUUCUGCCCUACUGUGCAGAGCAGGAGAGGGAGCAGCCACUGAACAGUGCUUGGCGAGGAGAAUCCACUCAGUCUUCUUGCCUUGAGACUGCUGAGCAGCUCAGCUGCUCCUUGCAGCUGGGGGCUGAAGAGGAGAAGUCAGGACCAACCAAAGAGUCCAGGAUCAUCUCCUAUGUGGGAUUUGUCACCAAAGUCCUCAAUGCCCAGGCUGGUCUCUUUUUGCUGGAUAACCAAGUCUGCUUGUGCCUUGCCUACCAGCCGCUGCUGAGCUCUGCACGGGGACUGCGGCCCGGAGCCUGUGUGGAGCUCAUCGACGUCCACCUGCUGCAGAAGCCUCUGGCGUCCUUCCCUUUCGCUGUGCUCGGUGCUUGCCUGAGCAGCAUGGUUGUGCUGAAGAGUUUUUCAAGGCUCAGCACGCCCUACCAGCCCGUGGGCUCUUCGAGAAGUCUCUGCUUGCAGCUGCUCCUCCGCUUCAAUCUGGGCAUGCCGCUGUACCUGUGGCUGGUGAGCCUCCUGGAGACCUUCGAGGAGAGGUUUUCUUGUUUCUUUGGGCGCUCUCGACUGCUGAGCUCUACUCACCAAAACCCUGGAGCUGCUGCAAAGUUCCUUGUCCCCCUUCUGCAAGCUAUGGUGCCAGACAGACAAGAAGCAAGAGAUAUUUAUAAUGAAAUUCUAUCAAAAAUACACCAGUGUCCCCUGCAGAAAUAUUUGACUCUGACCCCUCCAUGCCAGGCCCCAUCUCUGUCUGAAGUUCGCCGUGUGGCAGAACAGAGGAGCUGGGAAGGCUUCAGCCCAUCACAGUUGCUUUCCCCCUUGGAGGCACAGCAUAUGGGCACCCAGGAGCUGAACCGCAGACUGGCCUGGUCCUACUGCACAUUCUCAGCAGAAAGUUUCCAGCCCCAGCUCAUACUCCUGGGUGUGCUGAGGGUCUCCUCCAGGAGCAGUUCCCUCCAGUUGCAGGACAAGAGCAGCAAGCUUCCCUGUGUGAUCUCCCAUAAGGAUGGUAGCCCCUUUGCCCAGACUGCUCUCAUAGGAUCACUCUUGCUGGUGGAAAACUACCAGCUUGUAGUGGAGAGAUUCCUUAAGACUGAUUUUCCCUCCUGGGAACACCUGGAAAAUUUGGAGCAUGUGAGAGAGAAAAAAACUAGUGUCUAUGUCCAGUUCUACUUAGAGGAUGUUCGGGUUCUCCAUGCUGCUGAAGGACGAAUCCAGAAAAGCCUUAGGAGUGGAAACUGCUCCUCUUUGAGGAAGAGCAAAGAUGGCAGCACAGCAUCUGAGCUGGAAACCCCAGAGGCAAAAAUGCUGAAAUCAGAGGAUCCCAGGGCAGAUGAUGGCAGAGAUGAGAACUGCCAGGGGGGCCAGAGCAGCAGCACAAGCUGUGUGUCUCAGCUGUUCCUGGUUAUCCAGAAGGAGAGUCUCAUGCUGCGCAAUUACCAGCUGCCCGCAGAGGAAGCUAAGGAGGCACAGGAGCUGCAGCGCAGUUUCCAAGCCACAGUGCUGUGGCUGGGCAGACCACGGCUCUGGAGCCACCCCAGAGAAAUUGGGGAUCUGUCAGAGCUGGAGGAGACAGGCUGUGAUGGAAAAGAGGGUGUGAUGCAGAAAGAGGCACUGCUGCUCUUUGUGGGAAGGUCUCUGCGCUGGUUCCCGUUCCUGCACGUGGAGGGGCUCUACCGCUGCAUCGUGCCCGGCUGCUCGGACUUGGAAGUGUUUGACAAGCUUUAUUUUCCACCUGUGCCAUCCUGCCUGCUGUGCCUGCCUGUCCAGGAUAGCUGGCACUUAGAGCAUGAGACCUGGAUCUCCUGUCUGCCUGAGCACCAGCUGACAGCCAUGUCCAUGCAGACAGGCGUGGAGCAGAGAGCUGCCUCCAUUCCAGAAGUGCUUAGCAGCAGUUUCACAGGUUCCCUUGUUUCUUUCUGUGGUGAGAUCGUGGAGAGGACCUUGUGUGCCUCUCCCAAGAAUGAGAAGCCACCUGUGAUGACUGGCGUUCCAAAGAAGAAAGGGACUCCCCAGCACUUCACACUGCUCUCCACGGAUCACAGUGUAAAGCUCAGCAUCUCAGCUGCUUCCAGCUCCCCUGUUGUCCUGGACGUUUACAUUACUGCCACCUACCUGCAGCACCUCCGGGGCUUGCUACCGGGAGCCAAGAUCCUGUUCCACAACUUGGAGCGCAAGAUCUCAAGAUUCCAUAAUGUUUACUGCACAUACAUUGCCUCCAGCUGUGUGAGCAUCGUAUCUCUGCCAGCUUCUCACCUACCUUUUCCUUCUGGUCCUGCAGGAGAAGCCUCAUCCCCCUCACUAGUGUUUCUAUGCAACUUGAGACCUCAGCUAUCCCAGGCCCGGAUUUUGUGCCACUUGUCCUGUGUACUGACUGUGUGCCUGCAAUGGAUUUGCUCACUUUGCAGCUGCAUCUUCAAAGAGGGGAGGUGCACCCGACACAAUCCUCCAUGUCCAUCACAGACAGGAGUGAGGCAAGCCAGUGCACGGGUGCUGGUGGAGGAUGGAACAGGGGAAGCUGUGGUGCUGUGCAGGAAUGAACAUGUGGCAGCAGUGCUGGGCCUGAGCCUUCUCGAGUGGGAAGCUGUGCAGAACUGCGUGCAGAGCAGGGGCAGUGUGUGCAUUCAGCACGGGGAAGCUCCUGGAACAGGGUGUCUAGAGGAAUCUGAGGAUCUCGUUGUUUGUUACCUAAGGAGUCUGUGCAGGAGUCCUCUCAUAUGUCGCCCUAUCCUGUUGGAUUUCAGCCUAGACAGGAAGCCCUCCAAGAUCCUGCAGCCUGCUCCCCCGCAGCUGCGGAAUUUUCGCUGUGGCGAGGUGGAGUUCGUGUCACGAGUGGGGCCUCGUCCGAGCCUGCUGUGUCUGAAGGUGGAGGAGGUGGGACAAGAUGCUUUACGCUACCUGAACAGCCAGAGGAGGAGCAGGACAUCCAGUUCCUGCUGAGUGGGAGCCACUGCUUCAUAUCUCUCCUAGUGGGAGAGGAAUUACGGAAGCGGGAGCUUUUUUAAUCUCCUUUCCAGUGGGAGCACGAGCCUGUGAGCACAGGGGGAAGCACGGAGUCGAGCAGCUGCUGUGACUUGUGGAAUUCCUGAAUGGUCACUCUGGGCCAUUGUCAACCAGCGAUACUGGGCUACAUUUUUGUGCUUCCUUAUGUGACAGCUCUUGCCUUGGGCUAGGGCACACAGUGUGUGCAUUUUAUGUGGUAGUAUCUACUAAAUAAAGCUAUGAAAAUAUUACUUAAGAA